AUGACGCUGCUGUUGAAACAUGAUAUAGCGCGCAAUAGCUCAAUUAACAUUGUGGUUGAGCUGAGUAUUAUGAGAAAAGUGGCAAAUGUGCUGCUAACCAUGAAAGUGACAACCAUGAAAGCUGAGACUAUUAUUAUUUUCUUUUUCAUACCUUCGAAACCUACUACGCGCACUCUCUCUCACUCCUUCCACAAUCUUCCGGUUCCUUCCUUUCUCCCUUUAUCCCCCCAUUUUUUGAUCUCCCCUCUCCCAAAACUCUCUUCCCUUUGUUUCGUCUUCAAAACAUUCAAAUCCACGGUGUCGGAUCAAGAUUCCAGUCCCAUGCUGAGGAAUGGAGAAACAGGAGAUUGGAUAGGAACAUUUGAAGGACACAAGGGUGCAGUGUGGAGUGUUUGCUUGGACACAAACGCUUUGCGUGCUGCUUCUUCUUCUGCUGACUUUUCUGCAUUUUGUGUUUAAUAUCAAAUGUCUUCGAACACCUCAAGUGGCUUGUCUAAA